AAAUAUAAUAUUUAUUGUGCAAUAGACUCAGAUUGAGGUCUGUUUAUUUAUUUAUUUUUAUUUAUUUAUUUGUAAAUCGUUGAGUAAUAUAUAAUAACUUUUGUUUGUUUUAAUAAAACUUUGUAUUUGUUGCGUGUCUCAGAUUGAAAGGUCAAAGGUCGGAGGGAGGGGGCGGAGCUGGGGGCGACCAGGAAAUGUCAUCCCAGGUUAAUCCGAACCAAGCAUGCGCAGUAGAAAUUACUCCUGAAAUAGCCACUUAUCAUCCAGCCAAUUAGAAGCGUCCACUGCGCGGACCAAUCAGGGACCAGUGUGUGUGAUGGAGCGAGCCAGCGGCGGUUUACCUGCUCACUCCGUGUCGGUACCGGCGUCCGUUACCUCCCCGGUGGCUUUAAAGCGUCGAGUUCAAACUCACCGGAUGGAAAGUGACACUAGACCGCCAGCCUCGCACCAGAGCGGAGGUUAAACUUCCCCAAAGUUCCGGUUCCGUCAUGGCCCGGACCGGCUCCGGCACCGGCAGCGGCUCCGGGACGCUGCUGUGCCGCCGUAACGCGAAGCUGGACUCGUUCCUGAAGCGGAACACGGAGCGGGCGGUGUACGAGCGGAUCCGAACCCACGAACCGUGCGUGGUGGUGUCGGAGACCGUCAACAAGGUGUAUAUGUACGCGGUCCUCACCGACGAGCGCGUGUACCUCACCGAAUACCCGCCGCGCACGCUCACCACGGCCGUUAGCUUCGGGCGCGUGCGCGACAUCGAGCUGGUGAACGACCUCCCAGAUUUCCUGAGGGGGAAGGACAGAGAACGCUGCCAACACGUGCGAAUCACCUACGUCGCCGAAAAGCCCGCGAGGAAGGGCCGCGAUUGGUUGAGGAGAGACAAGGGGGCGGGGCUUCCUCCGGCGGGUCCUUCGUCCCGGAGAAACAGCCACUGUGCAGCGAUAACGCCCACGUCAGAAGGACGUCCUGCAGAGAGCAGCGACGUUCGCUGGAUGAAGGACGAGCUGCAGCCGGUUCUGAAGCCGGGACGCUCGGCUUCCUGCCCCAACCCCGAGACUCUGGGCCUCCUGAGGGUCCCCCGUCCCCCCCCCCAGCCUCCCUCCUCCUCCUCCUCCUCCCCCACCUCCCCCACCUCACCCACCUCACCCACCUCCCCCUCAGACACCAGCCUGAAGACCCGCGAGUUAGUUCAGGUACCGUGGAGGCUCGGCUCGGUCCUGUCCCGCCUGCUGAGGCGAGACGGGGCGGCGGUCGCCGUGGAGACGGAGCGGGAGGCCCAGCUGCAUCUUUACGCCGUCUCGCCCGCGUCCCGGCUUUACCUCCACCUGCAGAGCUGCUGGAACAGCUUCAUCAUCAGGUCCACGCUGAUGUUAGACCCUCGCUACAGGACCAGGCUCCUGGUUUCAGCCGAUCCCUCUGCUCCUCACAUCAGCUGGGAGAGGACGUCUCACCUGUUCAGUCAGCUGAGCCGUGAGCUGCUGCAGGACGGGAUCAGCGUGGAGACGUUGUACCUGCUGCUGCAGGAGCUGAGAACGGCCGCUCACAGAAACGUCAUGCUGCGCCGCCUCUUCUGGAGGGCCAGCGACGUGUGCGUCUUCAUGGUUCAGACUCUGGAGACGUGUCUUCACGGUUCUCAGAGUCCCAGCGGAGUCUACACCUCAGAUCAGCUCCUACUGAGCUCCCUGAUCGUCCAGACUCUCACCAUCAUGUUCAGGGAGACGGAGGUGGAAGCUGCCAGAAUCAACCUGCUCUCAGCCAAGAAAGGAGCUCUGGCCUCCAGGAUGCUGCUGGCUUUAAUAUGUGAUCCACAGCCAGAGACCCAGAGCCCGGAGUCUGAGGCGGAGUCUGAGCUCCAGACCUUACGAGCCGAGUACCUGGACGCCGCCUGCUCUCUGCUCUUUGAGCUGCUGCUUCUGGGCCACGAGACCAACAGGUGUUUCUCUGCUGAUAACUUCCUCUGUGUCGGCUGGAUUCUCCGAGUCCUGCAGCCUCAUCCUCACCUGUUGUCCUUCAUCGGUUACCAGGCCCAGCAGGUGGCGCUGGCCCUGUCGGGUCUCGGCGGCUCGGCUCUGAGUCCGGUCCAGUCCGUCCUGCUCUUCCAGCGCUGUCGCCUCCUGCUGGUGUGUCUGCAGUACAACAACCAGCUGGCUCAACACCUGCGCACACACUUCAGAGAGGAGUUCAGGUACUUUGUGAAGCCGUCGUGUGCGGAGGAGAAUCUCCCGCCUCAGUAUCCGAUCAGCCGCCCGACGCUGCGACUGGUGCAGCACAUCCUCCAUCUGAUGCUCAACAGAUGAUCCGGUGUUUGUUUUAUAACCCCGGGCUGAAGGAAACUGUGCCUUUAACCAUUUCUUUACCCGCUCUGGGCUCGGACGGGGCAGGUUUCAGAGAACAUGAACAAACGUUAAAUGUAAUCUGAGUCUGUUUAACCUGUGAAGUGUGUG